CGCCCUGCGAAGAGGCGGCCCGGCGGAAGAGCGGAGGAGCCGAGGCGCAGAAGGCAAGGCUGGACGGGGCGGAGUCAUGCCGCGCUCCUUCCUGGUGGACUCGCUGGUGCUGCGCGAAGGCGGCGGCGACAAGAAGGGGGCCACCUCGCCCGGCAGCCCGCCGCCUCCGCCGCUUUUCCCUUAUGCCGUACACCCCUCGCACCCGCUGCACGGGCUUUCGGCCGCUUCCGGAGGCGCCUGUCCCGCGGCCCCCGGAGCCACGUCGGCGGCGCGUAAGGCCGGCCUGCUCUGCGUGUGUCCGCUCUGCGUGGCCGCCGCCUCUCAGCUACACCCGCCGCCGCCACCGCCCGCCUUGCCGCUCCUCAAGGCUUCCUUCCCGCCCUUCGGCGCCCAGUACUGCCCUUCGCCCCUGGCCGCCAGGCAAGCCCCUGGAGGCUCCGCCGCAGCCGGCCACGCGCCCACUCUCUACCAGAGCGCCUAUCCCCUGCCCGACCCCCGGCACUUCCACUGCAUCUCGGUCGACAGCACGUCCGGCCAGCUGCCCAGCAGCAAGCGAAUGCGCACAGCCUUCACCAGCACGCAGCUCCUGGAGCUGGAGCGCGAGUUCGCCUCCAACAUGUACCUUUCGCGGCUGAGGCGCAUCGAGAUCGCCACCUACCUGAACCUCUCCGAGAAGCAGGUGAAGAUCUGGUUCCAGAACCGUCGAGUCAAACACAAGAAGGAAGGGAAGAGCGGCUCUCACCGGCCCGGCGGCCCGGCCGCCCACAGCUGCAAGUGUGCCUCGCUCUCCGCCGUCGCCAAGUGCGCCGAAGACGAGGAGGACUUGCCCAUCUCUCCCUCCUCCUCGGCCAAAGAGGAGAAAGACCUCGGCCUUGCCCCAUAAGAGGGCUGUUUUAGGCCAAAGGGCCGCGCGGUUUUCUCUCUCCUGUUGUAUAGCGAUGAAACUGACGAGGGACUCUUGGCCGGCCUCGCUGAAUACAGGGGGGAGAAGCUAUACAGACUGUGUAAAUAUUAAGCUGGCUUUUUAAAAAAAAAUGCUCCAGAGCUGUGGAGGAGGAGUGUCAUAUAAAGCAGCUCUUUCCCCUCUCUAUUAUGGAGUGGGUUGAAAUUAAAGGUACCUGGUGAAUAGAGAUUGCCAAAACCAAUCCCUCUCUCUCUCUCUCUCUCUCUCUCUCUCUCUCUCUCAAAAGGUGGAGUGGGGGAGGCAGGGAAGAGAAAUUGGGGGCAUCUCUGUCAGUGUCUGGGGAUCCUUCUGCUUUUCUGCGGGCUCCAAACGUUUCAUCUCUCUCUCCGUCUCUUUCUCUCUCUGGCCCUUACCCGGCAAAAACUCGACAAAGUCUUUCCAUGGUCUUGAGAGGCAGGCGCUUAAGUGGGAAACGUGAGUUUGACAACAAUCAGUUGGUUUAUCUUGCUUUCCCCUUUUCUUCUUCCUUUAAAAAAGAAAAAUCGGUAUGAUGAUGAAGCUUCUUCAGGUGUAUAGUGGUGUGAUGACUGUACUGUUUUCUGUAAUGCCCAGGAGAUAUUUAUUUAUUUAUUUAUGUACAUACACACAGGCACGCACAAUAAAUGCUUUUUUCAU